CUAUAGGCUAUAGUCAUUUGUUACUCAUAACAAAAUACAAACAUGUUCUCCAAAGUGGUAGCUCUCUGCGCCUUCGUGGCUGUGGCCCAGGCUGGCCUCCUGGCCGCGCCCGCCCACUACUCCUCUGCCGCGGCGGUCUCUUCCCAGAGCAUCGUGCGCCACGACCAGCCCGCCCCCGUCGCCAAGCUCGCCGUGGCCGCCCCCGUGUACCACGCCGCCCCCGCCCCCGUCGCCUACCACGCCGCCCCCGCCGCCGUCACCUACCACGCCGCCCCCGCCCCCGUGGCCUACCACGCCGCCCCUGCCGUCGCCUACCACGCCGCUCCCGUCGCCAAGGUUCUGGCUCACGAGGAAAUCGCGCACCCCAAAUACGAGUACACCUACUCCGUCGCUGACGGCCACACCGGCGACAACAAGUCCCAGCAAGAGUCCCGCGACGGCGAUGUGGUGAAGGGCUCUUACUCCUUCCACGAGGCUGACGGCUCCAUCAGGACCGUGGAGUACACCGCCGACGACCACAACGGCUUCAACGCGGUCGUGCACAACACCGCCCCCACCGCCGCCCCUGUCGUGGUUAAGGCCGCCCCUGUUGUGUACAAGGCCGCCCCCGUUGUGUACAAAGCCGCCCCCGCUCUCCAGUACUACCACCACUUUAUCAGUAUUCGCUUAGUAUUCACUCCAAUAACAAUGUUCUCUAAAGUCGUAGCUCUCUGCGCCUUCGUGGCUGUGGCCCAGGCUGGCCUCCUGGCCGCGCCCGCCCACUACUCCUCCGCCGCGGCGGUCUCUUCCCAGAGCAUCGUGCGCCACGACCAGCCCGCCCCCGUCGCCAAGCUCGCCGUGGCCGCCCCCGUGUACCACGCCGCCCCCGCCCCCGUCGCCUACCACGCCGCCCCCGCCGCCGUCACCUACCACGCCGCCCCCGCCCCCGUGGCCUACCACGCCGCCCCUGCCGUCGCCUACCACGCCGCUCCCGUCGCCAAGGUCCUGGCUCACGAAGAAAUCGCUCACCCCAAAUACGAGUACACCUACUCCGUCGCUGACGGCCACACCGGCGACAACAAGUCCCAGCAGGAGUCCCGCGAUGGCGAUGUGGUGAAGGGCUCUUACUCCUUCCACGAGGCUGACGGCUCCAUCAGGACCGUGGAGUACACCGCCGACGACCACAACGGCUUCAACGCGGUCGUGCACAACACCGCCCCCACCGCCGCCCCUGUCGUGGUUAAGGCCGCUCCUGUUGUGUACAAGGCCGCCCCUGUUGUAUACAAAGCCGCCCCCGCCCUCCAGUACUACCACCACUAUUGUUUAGUAAUUAGUUGCCGUGGCUGGGAGGAGCAGCGCCGUGUCCUCACUGCGGUCGUGGGCCAGGACCUUUCGCUUCCGAGCCUGGUCAACGCCUUUCUGGGAAGUGAAAGAUGCUGGAAAGCGGUCGCCUCCUUCUGCGAGAAGGUCAUCCUUCAGAAGGAGGCAGCGGAGCGCGAGCGGGAGAACGAUCCUCUCGCCACAUCGCUCCGCAGGCGGAGACGGAGUUCACUUGCAAAAGUAAUCAGUAUACAUUUGCUAAUCACCCAUUUAACAAUGUUCACUAAAGUAGUAGCUCUCUGCGCCUUCGUGGCUGUGGCCCAGGCUGGCCUCCUGGCCGCGCCCGCCCACUACUCCUCCGCCGCGGCGGUCUCUUCCCAGAGCAUCGUGCGCCACGACCAGCCCGCCCCCGUCGCCAAGCUCGCCGUGGCCGCCCCCGUGUACCACGCCGCCCCCGCCCCCGUCGCCUACCACGCCGCCCCCGCCGCCGUCACCUACCACGCCGCCCCCGCCCCCGUGGCCUACCACGCCGCCCCUGCCGUCGCCUACCACGCCGCUCCCGUCGCCAAGGUCCUGGCUCACGAAGAAAUCGCUCACCCCAAAUACGAGUACACCUACUCCGUCGCUGACGGCCACACCGGCGACAACAAGUCCCAGCAGGAGUCCCGCGACGGCGAUGUGGUGAAGGGCUCUUACUCCUUCCACGAGGCUGACGGCUCCAUCAGGACCGUGGAGUACACCGCCGACGACCACAACGGCUUCAACGCGGUCGUGCACAACACCGCCCCCACCGCCGCCCCUGUCGUGGUUAAGGCCGCUCCUGUUGUGUACAAGGCCGCCCCCGCCCUCCAAUACUACCACCACUAAAUAAU